UAGUUAAAUUUUCGUCUUUAAAAAAUUUAUUUUUCUUCUUUUUUUGUUCUCUUCUGAUCAAAACAAUGAGCAGAUUGUCUUUGGUCACAUAUACAAAUUUUAUUAUAUAUUUUUCUGUUCUGGCUUGAAAAAAAUUUUUAUGAGGGGAGAAUGUUGUGUUGUUGUUGUUUGUCCUUCUCUGCGUGAAAGAGUAUUUCCUUUGAUUUUCAAAAAUUUUUUUUGUGCGUUGAUUAUAAAGAGAGAGAAUAAAGAGAAUAUUUUAUUUGUUUUUAAUUUUUGUUUGUAAAUUUUAUUUUAAGAAAAGUGUUAGUUUCACUUUAAUAUUUUCAAAUUUUAAUGGGUGAUUUUCGGGUAGGGUAAGUAGAGUCUUAAAAAUUUGAUUUCUUAAUUUCGGCCUUUCCAGGGGAUUUGAAUUGCAAAAGAACUGCCUAAUGUCCCUUUAAGUUUUUAAAAAUAAAAAAAAAUUUUGGGUAAAAGGGAGGUCUUUUGAGUCCUAAACUUAACUUCUCAAAAAUUCGACUUUUUGUGAAUUUUGUGGGUUCCUUUUGAGACUCUAGUGACUGAAAAAUUUUUCGAACGGCCAAUGAUAUACCUAGGGUCCCUGAAGCUGUCUCAGACUGGCUUUGGGAUUCAAAGUAAUUUUGAGACUCUAAUAGCCAAAAAUUUUUUUUAGAAUUUUUUUAUAAUGGAAAACAAAUCAAAGCUUCCAUUAACUGGAAUUUCUCCAAAUACUUUAAACAACACAAAAAUAAGUUCAACAACUCCUGCAAAACCAAAGCAAAAUGCUAAGGAACGAAUGCGAAGGCUUAAAACUAUUUGUAUAAAAGGACAAGAGCCUUUGUCUAUAAAGAGGGAAAUUAAAACUGAAAGAAAUUCUGAGAUAAGAAGAAGAAAGGUUCAACAUAUAGACACUUCCCUCGGAAAAACAUUCGCCUGUUCAACAUUUGGAGGAGUUUAUGAACGUUUGUCUCAAUGGAUGCGUGAAGGAACUCGAAUAAUUGUUAAAUUGAGAGCUUUUGCCCCGGGAAGGGCACAACAAAGAGGGCCAAAUAGAAUGUUACAGGGUUCCAUAGUUGCGUUUGAUAAACAUUGGAAUUUGGUGCUGAGAGAUGUAGAUGAGGCUUAUUUCCCUUCUUUAAGGCUUGGAAAGGUUUAAUUUCUAAUUUUAAGGGUAAAUUUAGGGAGAAAAUUAAAGGAUUUAGUUGUGGUGUUCAGUGGUGUAGUCGGGAAGGGCUCGGACUUUGGAUGAGAUGGGCAGGGUUCGAAUCCGUUCACGGGAUUUUUUUUCAAUUUUGAAUUAAAUUUAGUAGAGAAAAUUUCUAAUUUUACUAGGAGUA